CCAUGAAACUUCACAGAAGAAGAAAAGAUGACGACAUUUGACGACUCCGACGUCAUUACGCACAACGUUUAGCACUGAAGCAACAUGGCUCUGAAUAGAGAUGAUGAGGACUAUGAGUGGGAGCCUCCAACAGAGGCAGAGAUGAAGGUGAUCCAGGCUCGCAGAGAGCGUCAAGACAAAAUCAGUAAGCUGAUGGGAGGCUACCUGCUCAAAGGAUACAAGAUGCUGGGAGACUGCUGUGAUGUGUGUGGGACGAUUCUUCUUCAGGAUAAACAGCAGAAAAACUACUGUGUCUCAUGUCAGGAACUUGAUUCAGAUGUUGACAAGGACAACCCUGCUCUCAAUGCACAAGCAGCAUUGUCUCAGGUGAGAGAAAGACAACUUGCAGCCCAGUCGCCCACACCGUCCCAGGCUCCUGUUGUCGAUGGAGGCCCCAGCAGCAGCAGCAGCAGCAGCAGUCAGGCAAGUGUGUCAGUUCCCAGACCAGAGCACUGUGAAGGGGCUGCUGCAGGAGGAAGAGCUAUCCUGCCUCCCGCUGCUGUCCCUCUUCCCUCGCCUCCUGCCGCCACCACAUCCCUGGCACCUGCUCGCCCUCCAGUUAUUCCACAGAGUGCUGCCAUCCAACCUGUGCUACAAGACGCAGAGGAAGCUGUUCUAACCAAACUUCGCUGGGCCACUAACCAGUUACAGAGUUCAGCCUCCCUGGAGGCGAGCAUCCAGCUCUGCAGCCUCAUCGCUAGCUGUGCCAGCUCACUGCGCAGCCUCAAGGAGCUCAGCCAGUAGCCCUCUUAGGAAAGGUCGAAACCAUGGAUUAAAAGGAACGGUGUUCCUACUUGUCUCUUUCCUGGAGCACUGACUCUGGUUCGCUGCUUUACAGCAUUUCUCUUUGACUGAAUCCUUUCAUAGAGCUGAAUUGAAAAUUGGUCAACAAUUGCACUUGAAGUAGGAUUAAAAUGUCACAAUUGCUCCGUUGCUCUUCAGUUAACAGUCCUGUAUGGCUGGCAGAAAUAGUAUGUUACAUGGUUUUGUAUGUUUAGGUACCUACCAAUGUUUCAACAUUUGACUGUUUUUGUUCAUUCAUAAAUUGUGGUAUAAGAAAAGAACAUUUUAAAUGCAAACGUAUCACACAUAUUGAUUUAUAAGCAACUGGUCAAUAAACAAUUUAAAAUAAGACUAUA